GGACAACCGAACGACGCAACCGGGCGGCGAAAAAGAUAGCGAAAACCCAGCGGAAGGAGGGGAGAAAAAAAAAAGAAGAAGCAAAAAGCGAGCCCCCGAUCCCCACCCCCUGCCUCCCCAACCACCGCCGGCGAUCGCCGCCGCCGCGGAUGCGAUGCGCCCCCCCUCCUGCGGCCGGGGCGGCACCGUGGGCCGCGCAGGGUGAGAGAUCCCCGAGCGUCGGCACUGCCUCGUGCGCCUCCGAGCUUGCCCCCCACGCUCACCACGCCGACCGCCGCGGCUUCGCGGCCAUGUGGUUGUUCUGGCGCACCAGGAACCGCUUCUCCAUCGAAGAGCUCCGAUAUUUAACAGAUCAGCUACAAAAGAUUCAUGUUGUUUAUGAAGCUAAUAAGGAAUUUGUGGUUGAAGCAUUGCGAUCAAUUGCGGAACUUAUGAUAUAUGGCGACCAGCACGAUCCAUUAUUUUUUGAAUUUUUCAUGGAGAAGCAGAUUAUGGGUGAAUUCGCUCGUAUUUUGAGGAUUUCUAAGCUGUCCAGAGUGUCACUACAGUUGCUGCAGACAAUGAGUAUCAUGAUUCAAAAUUUAAGGAACGAGCAUUCAAUUUAUUACAUUUUCAGCAACGAGCACAUUAACUUCUUGAUAACUUACUCGUUUGAUUUCCAAAUUGAUGAGAUGCUAUCGUACUACAUAUCCUUUUUACGGGCAAUAAGUGGAAAGUUGAAUAAGAAUACAAUUUCCUUGCUUGUGAAGACAAAAAAUGAUGAGGUCAUCUCAUUUCCUCUCUAUGUUGAGGCCUUAAAGUUUGCUUUUCAUGAGGAUAGCAUGAUCCGUGUUGCUAUACGUACCUUGACACUUAAUGUCUAUCAUGUUGGAGAUGAAUCUGUUAACAGAUUUGUUUCGCGAGUGCCACUGUCAGAUUAUUUCUCUGACAUGGUCAAACAUUUUCAGAAGCAAUGCAUCGACUUGGAUAAGUUGGUUGUGCGUUCUGCAAGGAAUGUAGAACCUGUGCUAAUGGCCUCCAUUGAAGAUGCAAUUGUGCAAAUUGAAGAUGCCCUGUAUUAUUUCAGUGAUGUUAUGUCUUCUGGCAUCCCUGAUCUAGGAAAUUUUAUCACUGAAAAUAUCCUGCAACUUUUGGUAUUCCGGAUUGUACUCCCAUCAUUGCAAAGGCAGCGCACUGAUUUAUGGAUAAGUGUGAGUACUUCCAUGUAUUUGCUUUGCUGCAUACUUCACAUUUUUAAGGACAAAGAUAUGGCAAGCACUGUUGCUGCAGCUCUUUUCCAUCAGCCUGAUUGCCCUGAUAGGAAACAAGGAACACCUAAUGGUUGUACCUCUGAGCAUGAUCAUGGCAUAUCUGAGAACCAGGUCAGCAACACCUCUGCGGAAGAUCAAUCGAAAGCAGACAAGCCAACGUCUUCGUCUUCUGCACAUUUGCAGUGUUUGCCUGAUCAUCCAUCAGCAAGUGAUUUCUGCCAAGGCAACACACUGAGGGAACACUUGCUAUCAUAUAUCACAGGUGGGGAUGGUUCCCAAGCUUUGGGUUCUUUGUGCUUAUUUGCUACAUUAUUGCAGACAAAAGAACUUGAUGAAUCAAUGUUAGAUGCACUUGGAAUUUUGCCUCAAAGAAAGCAGCAUAAGAAGCUUCUAUUACAAGCUUUGGUUGGUGAAGAUACAGCUGAAAGGCAGCUAUUUUCAUCAAGUAGUGGUGUUGCAGAUGAUAGCAUCUGCAGUGAUUUUGAUAUUUAUAUAAGGAAGCUUCAGAGUAAUUAUGGGUUACAGUGUCAUCAUCCACGACAAUUGACUUCUAAAGUUCACAGAUAUCAGGUGCUCGAUGCAUUAGUCACCCUUUUCAGCAGGGCUAAUAUAUCAGCAGAUGUUCGUGUAGUUGGUGGCUGGCUUUUUAGGCAACUGCUGCCCCAUGGAGAGGACGAGUUUACUGCUUUUCAUCUAAAAUUACUAAAGGUCAAAAAAAAAUUCUGCAUUGUUUUAACGGUUCUCACUCCAUUUCCGGAACUUAGCAGUUAUGCUUGUUUCUGGUCCUGGCUCUGGAGCAGAACAUUCUCGCUUGCAAGAAAAGAUUCACACAAGGAUUGCAGUGAAAAGCUGCUGGAAGAAUCUGGAGGAUGCUGGUGUGACUUGCUUCUUCCUAUCAUUAGAGAAGCUUGGAAAAAUUGCAAGAAAGCAAUUGAGGCAUCUUCACCACCCAAAGGAUCCAAGUCUAUUAUUUCACCUUUGGAUCCGUGUUUAUUUGGAGGUGAUUCUUCUAUCGCUAUCGCGGAGAGAAUCUAUGAGAUGGUUAAGGGUUUUGUGCUACAGCAUCAAGUUAUACUCUUCUGCCUAGGAGAAACUUUCACUGACCAGCCGCCUAUUUACUCUCCAGUCGAUCUGCCUGUAAAUAAGCGAGCAACUGCAGCAGGCUUCGAUGGUUCAGUGCCCAAGCCUGGGCUUGAAGUCAACUUAGUUGAUGCAAUUCCUUGCCGGAUAGCAUUUGAGAGGGGCAAAGAGCGUCACUUCAGCUUUUUAGCUUUAUCUAAUGGAACUUCUGGGUGGAUUCUCCUUUUAGAAGAAUUACCACAACAACGUGGAAUUGUUCGUGUCACUGCCCCCUUGGCUGGAUCUGAUCCAAGAACAGAUGAAAAGCAUGUGAAGUGGUUGCAUUUAAAUAUUCGUCCUUCAACUGUUCCUUUCCUUGAUCCGGAAAAAUUCAAAGGCAAGACAAAGAAGUAUCUUGUUGAUGGGAGAUGGACCCUUGCCUUCAGAGAUGAGCAAUCUUGCAAGGCAGCAGAGGCCAUGGUUAUUGAAGAGAUGAAGCUCCAGCAAGAUGCCGUCGGGAAACAGUUGAAGGCAUUGCUUGAACUUAACAUGCCUGAGAAUGGGUUGCAGCAUCCUCAGCUUUCCCAGGAAACCUCUUCUGAUGACGGUUCAUGACCGGUUGAAGUUUCUUGUGCAGUGUUGAACUUCUAAGAAAUGGCGACAGGAGGUCCGGUUGCCUCCAUGUUGGCGAGUAGGCCGCCAUGUUCUGUAUAUUACAUCGGCAGAUUAGAUAUCUUGUUAACACACACACUGUAGAGUUUCAACCCUUUUGAGGUAAGUUAGGGUCUAUAGGAUUCUUUGUACAAUAGUCUGUAUCUGUCCUUUGUCCCUUGUAAUGUUAUAUACAUAUCGCAGUCCAUUCUUUGAUAAGCUUCAGGGCAGAGUUGGGCGGUCAGUGUACACUAAUUGUAUGAAGAGGCCGGCCUGCAAAAAAUAAGAUCUCUUGUCAAGUGUACACUAGCUGUUUAAAGAGGCCUGCAAACAAUCAGAUCUGUUGUCAAGUGUACACUAGCUGUUUAAAGAGGCCUGCAAACAUUCAUAUCUGUUGUUAGAGCGAGCACUGCCAAUAAUAAUAAUGUUGGAACCCAUUCAUGAUU